CAAGCCGCGCAUCAUUGCUUUGCGGUCCAUUAUUUUCUAUUUGCCGACGGACGCAAACUUGGUUUUCCUUCUUGCGCGUAUCGAUGGAUCCGAUCGUCCUAGAAAGCAGCGCUGGCGAGAUCGGAACUCAACAGCAACAGCAGCACCAACACCAACACCAACAUCAACAUCAGCACCAACAUCAUCACCCUCAUCAACAACAACAACAACAACAACAACAGCAACAACAACAACAGCAACAGCAAUAUGGCGAGGUGAACCAAUUGGGUGGGGUGUUUGUAAACGGUAGACCAUUACCAAACGCAGUACGUUUGAGAAUAGUCGAAUUAGCACAAUUGGGAAUCAGGCCGUGUGAUAUUUCACGACAGUUACGUGUCAGUCAUGGAUGCGUCAGUAAAAUCCUUGCACGUUACCAUGAAACCGGAAGUAUAUUGCCUGGUGCGAUCGGUGGUAGCAAGCCACGUGUCACCACACCGAAAGUCGUGCAAUAUAUAAAGCAAUUAAAACUUAAGGACCCUGGUAUAUUUGCUUGGGAAAUAAGAGACCGUUUACUGUCCGACGGUGUCUGCGAUAAAUACAACGUGCCAUCGGUUUCAAGCAUAUCGAGGAUACUACGCAACAAGGUUGGUGCUACCACGACGAUGCAUCAUCAUCCGCAUCAUCCUGCCCAUCAUCAUCAUCAUCAUCUUUAUGCGGCCGCUGCUGCUGCUGCUGGUGCAGCACUUUGUCCAGUACCGUAUCCACCAGCACCGUAUCACGCUACACCUUCACCAACCCAUCAUCAUCAUCAUCACCAUCAAGUUGGUACGUCAACGGCGGUCAAGCUGUCCACGUCAUCGUCAGCGUCCUUGAUAUACAACAGUGGUGAGAUCCAAGCAAUAGCAGCUACAACCGCAACGUUGACAACACUAUCAACAAUAGUAACAACAACUGCAGCGACGACAACGACGACGACUACGACAGCAACGAUGACGGUAGCAGCAGCUGCAGCAACAGCUGGUAUUCUUCAGUGGCCAAGUCCUCACACUGUCCAGGAUAUUUUAUCGAAUGGCAUGUCAACCAAUAAUUUCUCUUUACUUGAUUCACCUCAUUGCACAAGCAUUCUUUUCAACAAUAACAAUAAUCACAUUACCAACAACAUCAACAACAACAACAACAAUGUUAACUACCACGAUCUUUCUCAUCGUCAUCAUAAUCAUCAUCAUCAUCAUCACCAUCAUCAUCAUCAACAGCUAAAUAAUCAAUUGCAUCAUCGACAUAACAAUGACGGUACCUCAACUACUAGCAACUGCAAUGCUAAUAAUAACGACGAUAGCAAUAACGGUAGUAGUAAUGCCAGUUGCGAUAGCCUCUGCAAUAAUAAUGAUAAUAAUAGUAAUAAUAAUAGUAAUAAUAAUAAUAAUAAUAAUAAUAAUAAUAAUAAUAAUACCAGAGAAACAAUACCGAGUGGAUACCAAAGUCUCUCUUAUCAAGCACAUCAUCAUCAUCAUCACUAUCAUCACCAUCACCAUCAACAACAGCAGUAUUACGCUUCCGCUCUUUACCACCAUCAUCACCAUCAUCAUCAUCAUCCGGACAACCUGAGACCGCAUGCGACCGGGUCGCCCGUUCUCUCAUCGGUUCUCUCGGUCCAACCAAUAAUGAUGCAAUUAUCGAGUGGUCAAUCUGCCAGUCCGUGUAAUUAAAAUCCGAUCAAUAAACGACAUCUCAUAUGUUCAUCAUUGAUCGAUCAUUUGUGUGUGUUCGUCUGAUUAUUAUUCAAUUAAAACAAUCUGGAGUUGUGUGAAUUUUGUGAAGAAAAAAACGAAACAGUGCCUUUCAUAAAUUCGAUUCUAUGACUCGUAAUCGAAUAAAUUAACGAACCCAAUUUGGAAGUACAUUAUAAGUAUUCUAAAUACCAAA